UGCUGUUACCUCUCAACUUUCUGUUUUGUGCCUGUUUUUGAUCUAGAAGUAAUACUUUUUUUUGUUAUUAUUAGAUUGAAAUAUAUUUGGAAAUCUUGUUACUCGUGGUUAGUCCUAAGUUGAAUAUUAAACAUGACGGAAAAUAUUACAAUAAUAUCCAGCCUGGACAGACUUUGCAGAACAUGUUUAACUGAAAGACAUGUUGAGGAAUUACGUCCUUUAUUUGAAAAUGCAGUAGAUACUCAAAUUAUGGAUGUAUCAUGUAUAAAGGUUGAACUGAAUGAUGGUUUACCAACACAUAUAUGCAACGAUUGUUACUGCACAUUAAACAUAGCUUUUAAUUUUAAGAUUCAGUGUCAAAAGUCUGAUUCUCAGUUACGAAAUGCUUUAUUUUCUGGACAGGCUAUUAUAUACAGAUCUAUUACAAUAUUAGGAAAUGAUUCGGAUGAGUUACAUAUACAAAACUAUGAGGAAGUCGAUUCAGAUUUACCCCUUUUAAAUGACAAUGAAGUGGUUAGUGAAGUGGAAUUACCGAUGGCCAUACAGAUAACUAAUAAGGUGGAUAACGAAAAUAAAUCGGAAAUAAUUUACUUAAGUACAGAUAAUGAACGUAAAGAGCCCGAUUAUAUUAUUAAAGAUAGUAUGACUAGUAGUACUUUUGAUGGUAUUGAGUCGAACGAUAAUAAUGUUUGCAUUUCUGUACCAAAAGAAAUAAGUGAACCAAUUGUUAGCCAAAGUGCAAAGAUACCAAGUGGGUCACUGCAAUUCCCUUGCAGCCAAUGUGGGAAAAAGUUUAAGCAUGAAACUAGUUUGAAAUCACAUUUAAUUAAACAUGGAAAGAAACUUAAAUGUGAAGUAUGUGGGAAAGAAUUUAACUUGAUGCGGUGCUUUAGAGAUCAUUUGAAAACACAUAGGGAUUAUCGCCCUUACAAAUGCGAUGUGUGCAGUAAAACCUUUUCUUUGCCUACCAGUCUGGUCAAACAUAUGAGGAUCCAUGGGGGGGAGAAGAAACACCUGUGUACAAUCUGUGGGAAACGCUUUUUUGAACCCAACCAUCUCACAAUCCAUAUGCGUAUCCAUACUGGGGAGAAACCUAUUGUUUGCAGUAUUUGUGGAAAGAGAUUUUCCGAUCCUCACGGCUUAAUGGUGCACAACAAGGUCCACACUGGAGAGAGGCGAUACCAGUGUAAUACUUGCGGCAAAAGGUUUGGUCAUUCUUUCGUCCUUAAGGCGCAUAAAAGGACACAUACGGGGGAGAAGCCUUACAAGUGCAGCUUCUGUGAAGCUUCUUUUGGCACUUCGUCGUACUUAACUAUCCACACCCGCACUCACACUCAGGAGAAACCGUACAAAUGUGAUUCUUGCCCCAAGUCAUUUGUUAGUAAAUGUGGCUUGGCAGCACAUACCAGGACACAUACGGGAGAGAAAAAGUUCCAAUGUGCCGUCUGCGGCAAAAGGGCGGGAAGAGCGGCAGAUCUACAGAUCCAUAUGAGAUCUCACACAGGGGAAAAACCGUACGCUUGCAAUGAGUGUCCGAAACGAUACCACACCUCCAGCAAUCUAGCCACACACAAAAGAACUCAUCUCGGCAUAAAGGACCAAGUCUGCACAGCGUGUGGAAAGGCGUUCGGGGAUCCCCGAACUUUGAAGUCGCACUAUAGGACGCACACGGGAGAGAGACCGUACGUCUGCCAGAUCUGCGGGAAGUGCUACACGCAAGCGGGUCAACUGGCGGCUCACAGGAAGACCCACCCCGUUAAUCAAGGAAUUAGUACAAACUGCUGACCUUAGGCGACUUGGCAUUCAUGUAAUAGACAUGAAAAGUCAAGCAACACUGAUCACAAUUGGUAAUCGGAUGGGCGACCAUUCGCCGAUGCUCGUCCACCUUCUAGUGGCAUGCGUGUCGACGUAUUCACAGAAGCUAUACAAAUUUAGACGAGGUUCGUAUAGGAAGACAUACCAUCCCUGGGACCCUUGUCUAAACAGUAUUAGGCAAGUAAAAGCUCCAUACCCCACGACAAAGUGGGGAUUCGGCAAAAUUCCCAGGUUGGAGGUUACUCGCCUCCUGGCGUCGGCGUUUAGCCAUAGUAGCAGAAAUAGGCCGACGUAAAAUAACCAAAAAGCUAACAUGUAUUUAUCACAAUAUGUCCCAGAAGUGUA